AUGCUGGAGGCUCUAGCCAGAACAGUCAAGAUGAUAGCCAAGAACACGUCCACAUCCUCCUCCCGACCCCCUCGUACGCUACAGAGCCUGCCUCAAGAGCUCAUAUCCCUCAUCAUAUCCAACCUCGACAGAGCAGGCGCCAUAUCCCUCCGACUCACCUCGUCCGCCUUCUCAAAUGCCACCGAAGAAUUUUUAUGGCGCACCAUCGACUUAUGCGUUCCACCGCACUACGGCGAGCUGCCAAGUGUCCAGCCAUGCGCGACCAGCGAGGAUAAGGCGUACCGGGAAUGGGCGGAAGGGAUGGCACAGAGCGCAGUCGUGAAGGUCAGAGCUGCGCUGAAGGAUAAGAUGCGGAGGGUCGCUUUGGCAGGGGAUGAAAGGCGCAUGCGGAUGGUGGAGAUAAUCAGGGUCAUGGCGAUUCCCGGCGCAGUCUACGGGUUUCUUCAUACCCUUGAAAUCGUUUCGUCGCAUCUCAAGCGACUCGAGCUCUACGUGCCGGACCGGUACGUCUUCGACUACGGGUGGCCGGCUGGGCUCAACGAGACGCUCGACUUUAAGUUGAUCGAUAUCGGCCUGGAAUUCCCCGCGCUCACCUACGUCUAUAUCGGCAGGAGCAUAUGUUUAAAAGACGAAGACCGAAAUGUAUUUGUCCGUAAAAGACGAAGCCUUUCCGCCACUGUCUAA